CUUCCUGCUUUUAGUGACACUGGAACUAAACCUCCAGAGAGUGGUGUCUUUGGUUUUAUGAUUAAUAUUUCAGCACUUUUAGGAGUAAUUACAAUGUACAUCAGAUAUUUACUAGUAGAGAAGCAAAAUGAGUCAUCGCACUUUGUUAGGUCUUCGUGCAACGUGCUUUCACUAUGUAUUGGAUUGAUGGGCUGUAUUGGAAUGGGCAUAGUUGCAACUUUUCAGGAGCUGUCUGUUCCCAGUGUCCAUGACAUAGGAGCUUUGGUGGCAUUUGGCUCAGGUGUUGUGUACAUUACACUCCAGUCUAUAAUCUCUUAUAAGUCCUGUCCCCGAUGGAACACUUACUUUGUGUGUCACAUAAGGAUGGCUAUAUCUGUAAUAUCAUGCAUUGCUUUCAUUCCCAUGAUUGUGUUUGCUUCGCGAAUUUCCAUGACAAAAAUCGAUUGGACUCCAGAUGAAAAGGAUUAUACUUACCAUCUUGUGAGUGCGAUCUGUGAAUGGACAGUGGCCUUUGGUUUUAUUUUCUUCUUUUUAACGUUCAUUAGAGAUUUUCAGAGAGUUUCUUUGAGGAUAUCAACAGAAAUACAUGAUGAAUCCUGGUAGUGGAGAAAAUUGUAUUUUAUAUAUAUGACUGCUCUAGGUUUCUUUUUACUUAUAGA